CGCUAGCGCACCAGUAACCGCCUGCAGUGCAGCCUGAGCUGGGCAGGUGUUGGGGAAUCUCGUACCUUGCUGGAGACCUCAUGCUCAUUCCUCACUCUCACUCACACUCACAAUAUGCAAACAUGAUGAUAUGAUGGAGGUCCCUCAUCCAACAGCAGGAUGGGAACAGGUUGGCGAAAAGUUUUACCGCAAGACCCAACUGUACACCCAAGUUUUUGAUGCGGACCUAGACCUUGACAACUACAUUGUUGCCGGUGCCCCCUAUGGCGGAGCUGUUGCUCUCUACCGCGAUGAGGAGAAGUUGGUGGCAUUCGCUGCAGGAAGGCCCUCAAAACCGAGCAUAGACAUUUACAGCUGUGCCGGAAAGCUCAUCAGGCGCAUUCCGUGGGACAAGGGCUCCAUCAAGGGCCUGGGUUGGUCUGAGGAUGAGAAGCUUCUGGUUGUCACCGGAGACGGCACCGUGAGGUGCUACUACGAUCUUCAGGGCGACUUCACCCAGUUUUCGCUUGGACACGACGCCGACGAGGUUGGGGUUCGGUCAUGCAAGUUCUACGGCCACGGUCUCGUCGCUCUCUUGAACAACAACUCGCUCGUAUCGGUCUCGGCUUAUGAUGAACCGAGACCCAAACUCCUGGCACAACCUCCGGAAGGCCAGGUUCACUCAUGGUCUCUCGUACCGCCUGCUUACACCUUGUCCAGAUCCGUUGAGGUUUUGCUGAGCAUCGGUCAAACAAUCUACGUCUCCGACGCAAGCGAAUGCGAAGACCGCUUCAUCGAUAUCGGGCCCUUUUCACAUAUCAGCAUCUCGCCGAAUGGCAAGUUUGUUGCCUUGUACACAACAACCGGGAAGGCUCAUGUCAUUAGCAGCGACUUCCAGACUCGCCUGAGCGAAUACGUGUCCAAAUCCAAGAUCCCGCCACAAUACUUCGAAUGGUGCGGCAACGAUGCCGUCGUCAUCGCCUGGGAGGAUGAAGUUCGACUCGUUGGCCCAGGGGGUUCACUAGCCAGGUUCUAUUAUGACAAUGGCCGGAUCCAUAUCCUCCCCGACUUCGACGGCGUCCGUGUUCUUGCCAACGACACUUGCGAUUUCCUGCAAAAAGUCCCCGACGUCAUCGAAGAGGUCUUUCAUCUGGGUACCGACUCGCCCUCAUCCAUCUUGCUAGACGCCGUCGAACAGCUGGAGAUGCAGUCACCAAAGGCCGACGACAACAUCCAGCUCAUCCGCUCCAACCUCGUCGAAGCCGUCGACACCUGCGUCAACGCCGCCGGCCAGGAAUUCAGCAUCCACUGGCAAAAACAGCUCCUCAAGGCCGCCUCCUUCGGCAAGUCCGUCCUCGACAUCUACAACAGCGACGACUUCGUCGACAUGUGCGAGACCCUCCGCGUGCUCAACGCCGUGCGCUUCUUCGAGAUCGGCCUCCCCCUAUCCUACGAGCAAUACCAGCGCCUUUCCCCCUCGGGUUUAAUCGCCCGUCUGCUCAACCGCCGCGAAUACCUCCUCGCCCUCAAGAUCGCCGGCUACCUCCGCCUCCCCACCGACAAGAUCUACGUGCACUGGGCCUCGGCCAAAGUGCGCGUCGGCGCCGAAGACGACGACACCAUCUGCCGCAAGAUCGUCGACAAGCUGUCCGGCAAACCGGGAAUCUCCUUUGAAGCCAUCGCCCGGGCCGCCUACGACGAAGGCCGCGGCCGUCUGGCGACCGAACUGCUCAACCACGAGCCGCGCGCAGGCCGACAGGUACCGCUGCUGCUUAGCAUGGAAGAAGACGAAGUAGCCCUGGACAAGGCCAUCGAGUCCGGCGACACCGACCUCGUCUAUUUUGUGCUGCACCAGCUCAAGCGCAAGCUGCCUUUGGCGACCUUCUUCCGGGUCAUCAGCAGCCGGCCGACGGCCACGGCGCUGGUGGAGGCGUCGGCGCGACUCGGCGGUGGUGUCGUGCUCGGUAACGUUGAUGAGGACCAUCAUGCCCAUGCUGCCAGCCAUAACUACAGCCAAAGUGGAAGCGGCAGCACCACGUGCGAAGACACCGCCCUCCUCAAAGACCUCUACUACCAAGACGACCGACGCGUCGACGGGUCCGACGUGUUCGUGCGCGAGGCUCUACGCCAACCAGAAGCCAGGACGGCAGCGGACAAGCUCGCGCUAGCAGCCAAGUUGCUGGCGGACAACGCCAAAGAAAACGCGUUUGAGCUGUCUGCCCUAAAAGAAGCGACGACGCUGCUGAGGAUGCAGGAGGCGUUUGAUCGCGACUUGCACCCGGAGACGUUCACGGGCUUGUCGGUCAACCAGACCGUCUUCAAGCUGAUUAGAUUGGGAUACCAUGGCAGGGCGAAGAAGGUGCAGAGCGAGUUUAAGGUGACUGAGAAGAUUGCUUGGUGGAUUCGUCUCCAAGCCCUAGUCUCCAAACGCGACUGGUCCGAAAUCGAAGACCUCUCUUCCAAAAACCGGAAAUCCCCGAUCGGGUGGGAACCCUUCUACACCCAAGUCCUGCAGGCGGGUAACCAGCGACUAGCCGCUACCUUUAUCCCCAAGUGCGCAUCUGCUGGAGGACUGGAACCGGGCGCGACGAUCGGCAUGUACGAGAAGUGCGGGAUGCGGGUGAAGGCCGCUGAGGAGGCGGUCAAGUACAGGGAUGCGGAAGCUUGGGCGAGGUUGUUGGAGGAGGCGGGUAGGGGCACGCAGGAGGGGAGGGAGAUUGAACGGUUGGGUGGGAGUGUUUUUAGGAGGUGA